GCCAAGUGUCAAUUCAAUGAUAUUCACAGAUAAUGAUAAUAUUUUGUAUUUUGUAAACAAAAGGCAAAUUACGAUUUUAAAAGAACUAUUGUAAAACUAAAACAAACGUUAAAUAUGUGUAUUAUAUUAAAUACGUAUUAAAUAAGGUGCCUCAAAAUUAUAAUUUGAAGCUAUUUCUUUACAGCACCUUUUGAGGUUAUAUUGAUAAAACUGAAAAGAAAAUGAUAUUUUCAUGGGGUGCUAAUUCACACGGUCAACUUGGCCUUAGUACUGUAAACGAACAAGUAGAAAAGGCUCACCAGGUUCUAAUAGAUUCUGCUUUAAACGCAGUAGAAGUUAAACAAGUAGCUUGUGGCGGUGGACAUACGCUCCUGUUGGAUAUCGAAGGUAAACUGUUUUCUUGUGGUUGGAAUCAUAAACUACAAUUGGGAACAGAUAAGGAAUGCAGUUCCUUUGAAAGAGUAUGGAACUUGGGAGGUAUAGUUUUUACCAAUAUAGCAUGCGGCUGGGACUUCAGCUGUGGAGUGACAGAUGACAACUUCCUUUUUGUAUGGGGUUCAAAUAGUAAUGGCGAACUGGGACUGCCAAAAGACCAUUUCCCAGAAGUAGUCAAACCAUUCAGACUGCAGGUCAAUGCAUGUGAAGUAUCAAUGGGUUUACGACAUACAGCCAUAAUAAACUCAAAGGGUGAAGUUUGGAUUACUGGGUGUGGAAGGCAUGGACAGCUUGGACUAGGAGAUGAGUUGAAGUCAUCUGACAGAUUCCAACAAGUACCAAAACUUGGCAUAAUAUCUCACAUAGCAUGUGGUCAGAACCAUACAACUGCAUGGUGUUCAGAUGAAAAAGCACUGUAUGUAUGGGGGGACAAUAGACAUGGACAACUUCUACUGGACAAAGAAAAAUAUAAAAAAGUUUUCACUGCACAAAAAAUUGACAUUGGUGUAAAGCAAGGUGUGAAAAAGCUGCUUAGUGGCUGGACUAACAGCUUGUUGUGGCUUGAGAAUGGCACUCUUAUAACAUGGGGACGAAACAAUUAUGGACAACUUGGUACUGAUGAAAAUAUCUGUGGUAAAUUAGUACAUGUAAAAAUACCAGAUGGUAAAGAAAUUAAAGAUAUUGCAUUGGGUUCAGAACACACUAUUUGCUUGAUGACUGACAACAGCCUUUGGGCUUGGGGUUGGAAUGAGCAUGCCAAUACAGCUACUAAAUUGGCAGAACCAUUUAUUUCAAACCCAACUCUGGUUGAUUUAGACAUAGAUCCAAGUUUGUGCAUUACCCAAAUUUAUGCUGGUAGUGCUCAUAACUUCAUUGUGACCAAACAAAGCGAAACUUCAAAAAAAGAAAGUGAAAAAACUGAAAAUAAAGCUUCAUAAUCAAAUACUCAAACUAAUCUAGUCAGUUCAGUGAUUUUAAAAUGGUCAGAUGACCUUAACCAAUUUUAUAAGGUGCUUUAUAUUGUAUUAUUAUAAUUAAAAUGAUUUUAAUCUGAAUAAAAAUUGUUACACGUUA